AUGUCCAUCAUCUUCAUCAUGGGCGCAAUUUUAAUGGUGUCACUACUACUUCUAGUACUGCCUACUUCUGCUCUUGAGCGCCAGGAACCAGCGGCUGGCUGGCUAGACCUUCAGAAGGUCUUCCUCGCUGCGCGGUCCAGUCUCCAAGCUCGAAAUUCCGUCGCUCUUGAUCCACUCUUCAAAACAUAG